AUGAACGACGAUCAUUUUAUAUCAAGUGGUUUUAACGAUCGCAUUGAUAUAGUUCGCGUUCGAUAUCCUCACUGUAUUGUUUGGACACCGAUUCCACUUCUUACAUGGCUUUUCCCAUUUAUUGGUCACAUAGGUAUUGCACGUACUGAUGGAGUUAUUCGAGAUUUUGCAGGACCAUAUUAUGUAUCAGAAGAUGAUAUGGCCUUUGGUCGACCAACAAGAUAUUUACAACUUGACCUUAAUCGUAUUUCAACAACAACAGCAAUGGGCUCAAUCAAUGUACAAAGCGUUUGGGACAAAGCUGUUGAGCAAGCAUCAGAUGAAUAUGAAAAACGAAUGCAUAAUUUAUGUUGUGAUAAUUGCCAUUCACAUGUAGCUAUGGCGUUGAAUACAAUGAAUUAUAAUCGAAAGCAUUCAUAUAAUAUGAUUACACUUUGUUUUUGGAUGUUUUUUCGUGGAAAAUUUGUCAGUUUUCUCGGAUUUCUUCGUACGUGGUUGCCAUUUCUCAUUUUUAUGACAAUUAUUCUUGGUCUUACUGUCAUGUUCAAAUCUCCGAAAUAA